UGGAUUUGUGAAACUGUGGACUUCUCUGACUCUUCUGGGACAUUAUCAGAACCAGGAGUGCUCUAUCCGUGUUUUACAGGUCUCUCCCUUCUUGUUGGCACUGGCUGGCAACAGCAGAGAACUGGUUCUUGACUAGCUAUUCUGAAAAAUGUUCCGUAGCUUGGUCACCAGAGGAACAAUACUUGGUAUUUCCAGCAGUCCAUUAUCAUCCAAGUGGUACAACAACUUGGUGUUGUGGCAGCCAUUGCACCUGCAGGUUGGGGAUAGCGCUGAGCUCUUCAGGACCUUCACUCAGAAGGAUGUCACCCUGUUCUCUGAACUUACUGGCGAUACAAACCCACUGCAUCUGGAUGAGGAGUUUGCUAAGAACACAAGAUUUGAGAAACCGGUUGUUCAUGGUGUUCUCCUCAAUGGCCUAGUGUCUGCAGUCCUGGGCACUAAACUACCCGGGGAAGGCUGUGUGCUUCUCUCCCAGAACAUUCGCUUUCCAGCUCCAUUACAUGCUGGGGAGGAGGUUGUAGCGAGAGCCCAGGUUACAUCUUUAAAGAAAGCCUUGGCUUUCAUUAGUGUAUCUUGUGUUGCAGUGGAAAGCGGACGGACUGUAAUGGAGGGGACAGUAAAAAUUCUUGUUCCUGGAGAUUGAUUUUGAGGCUGUUCUGUAGUUCAACAGCAAAACAAGGACAAAGCUAAAAUGUGUCCAUCGCUUCUAGUCAAAGCAACAUCUUGCCUGUCUUCUAAACAUGAGAGUUGUGAUAGUAGACUAAUAUUCAUUGAAAUAAUGAUUCUGCCAUAAAAAGACCUUUGCAGGAAUUUCCUAUUAUAUGGUGACCACGCUCUGUCCUUGUCUUACAGUUGUGCACUUGUUUCCAAUGGAGAUUCCAAGUGGCCAUUUUAUCACCCAUUAUGCAGACUUGUCCCAUUGUUGCCACAGUCCGGAAACCUGACCUGAGAAAUGACAUGCGGUCAAGGCUGUAGUAUAUGUAGAUAGAAAGUUAUUCCAGGAGAUGAACAACACUGAGAUGAAACAAAGAUUGAAAAUUAAUUUUUUGUUGUUAUUUUUUUGAAGAGCAGUGGCUUGUCAUACACAGUCC